GGGGUGGCGGGAGGUGACGGUUGGUUCGGAGAACCGGGACGGGGAACUGAGAAUUUGCCUCCUUGGAUAACACUAGAUUAGAUUGGCACGAGGCUUACUACAUCUCUUCUUCAAAGCUUCAAAAUAACAUUGGUGGAUCCAUGUCAGAGUUUCGGAGCCCGUGGGAAUUAUAUCAACAGAGUAUCCCAGAUGAUCUGGAUGUUGAAAUGGAGCCGAUGGCGCCUUGUCCAACUUUUACUGAUACAGCCACCGACUUUGACAGGAACAUUCCCCGGAUCUGUGGUGUUUGUGGAGACAAAGCUACUGGCUUUCAUUUUAAUGCUAUGACCUGUGAAGGAUGCAAAGGAUUUUUUAGGAGGAGCAUGAAAAGAAAAGCAAUGUUCACAUGUCCCUUCAAUGGUGACUGUAAAAUUACCAAAGAUAACCGGAGACACUGCCAAGCUUGCCGGCUGAAGCGUUGCGUUGACAUAGGCAUGAUGAAAGAAUUUAUUUUGACCGAUGAAGAGGUUCAGAGGAAAAGGGAGAUGAUAAUGAAGAGGAAGGAGGAGGAAGCGCUUAAGGAAAGCCUAAAGCCCAAAUUGCUGGAGGAACAACAACGAGUCAUUGAAACUCUUCUUGAAGCCCACCGCAAAACCUACGAUCCUACUUAUUCAGAUUUCUCUCAAUUCCGGCCUCCUGUAAGACAAAAUGAAAACAAAGAGCAUACAAGUAGAUCUUCUUUUAACAUGACACCAGGUUUUUCCUUCUCAGAUGACUCUUCAGAUACUUCCAGCUUCUCUUCAGAGCCAAUGACGCUUUCCAGUCUGGAGUUGAACGAUGACAGCACAUCCAUGUCCAUUGACCUCUCUCACCUCUCCAUGUUGCCUCACCUUGCUGAUCUUGUUAGCUACAGCAUCCAGAAAGUUAUUGGAUUUGCUAAAAUGAUUCCAGGGUUCAGAAGUCUAACCGCGGAGGAUCAGAUUGCUCUCUUGAAAUCCAGUGCCAUUGAAGUGAUCAUGCUCCGUUCCAAUCAGUCAUUCUCCCUGGAGGAUAUGACCUGGACUUGCGGCAGCAAUGACUUCAAAUACCAAGUCAGUGAUGUCACUCAAGCUGGCCACAGCCUAGACUUACUGGAGCCCCUCGUUAAAUUUCAAAUUAGUCUGAAGAAACUGAACCUGCAUGAAGAAGAACAUGUGCUUCUCAUGGCCAUCUGCAUCCUUUCUCCUGAUCGCCCUGGUGUUCAGGACACAGCUCUGGUGGAAUCCAUCCAGGACCGACUUUCGCAAAUCCUGCAGACCUAUAUUCUUUGCCGACACCCUCCUCCGGGCAACCGUUUGCUUUAUCCCAAGAUGAUCCAAAAACUCACAGACUUGAGGAGCCUGAACGAGGAGCAUUCCAAGCAAUAUCGCUGCCUCUCCUUCCUGCCCGAACAUAGCAUGCAGCUCACUCCGCUGGUCCUUGAAGUCUUUGGCAAUGAAAUCUCCUGAGCCACCAUUGAGGAAAAAGCACAUGGAAAUCAAGAGAGUGUGUGGGGGUGUCAGCCCAGCUUUCCACUGGCUACAGACUGAAAGUUUUUACCCCACGUGAGAUUGUGUAUAUUCCGUCAGUGAGAAUUUUGAUUUCUUCUCCCACCCACCCCAUGCUACCUGAAGAGCCACAUUCUUGAUAUAGACAUCUCCAGUCUCUCUGAGGAGCAAGCUGAUUCAUCUUACCCCACCUGCCUUUCAAAACUGAAUGGCUUUGUCUGUUGCUGCUUUGCAGCGAUGAAAGGAAAUAUUGCUUUUCAAGCCAGCAGUUGAAAUGUAGCCUUACAAUUGUGCAAGAGCACCCACAGAGAAUGAGUGGAAUGAAAAAUGGAACUUGGAUAUUCCCCUUUCUAUAGGCUAGUAAAAGCUUUCAGUCCUGGAUAACUGUAAUACACAGAGAUAUCGAAGUGCUCGUUUUUAUUGAAUAUAAUUUCCUGCCAACAGUCACUUUAGCAGUGAAAAUGGCAGCAUAUAAAUUUAAGAAAUAAAUUAUUUAAUAAAUAAGAUGCUUCAACAGCAGCAAAACUUCUAUUUAUUAGCCAAAUGAGGAAGAGAAGAAAGAUUUGUUAGAAUAAAUAACCAUUUUCUUGGGUUUUGGGUUUUUUUAAAAUGCAAUUUCUCAAAUGCAUAGAAAUAUGUCAGCAUUUUUUUAGCCCUUAAUAAUUUAUAAUAGGAACUGGAAGAAUUUAGAUUUAAUCAUACACUCCUCGGUGGGGAAUACGGGUGCGUUCUUAAAAACCAGGUUCCUGCCAGAAUCUGUGCACUAUUAAAACUAUGGCCAUGUUUGCCGCUUUAAGCCUUAAACAGUGUCUGACACUACUAAUUACUAAGAGUUGAUGAGGAAUAAUCCAGAAGUAUAAUACUGACUUUUAAUCUAUCCAAGAAUGCUUGGUUUGUUCAGAAAAAUUAUAUUUUUAAUGGAUUGCAGAAAGGAUUCCUAUGAUCAGAUUAAAUCAUGUACAAAGCAGCUUAAUUAUUUGAUAGAGAAUGAGCAAUUUUUAGUUGUUUCCAUUUUGGGGCUAUGAUAUUUGAGUCAGUUCUUAAGUCAUCCUCGGGAGGCUGAAACUAAUUUAUUUUUGAUACUGGUAAAAUGUUUACUCUAAGUUUGACAACCUCUGGGCUACUUGAUUUCUAGAAAAAUUAAGUACAUUAUGAGCCAUUUGUUGACACAGAAAAGAUCUUGUCAUCAAUAAUGACUUCACCAAGAAUAUGUGUGGUUUAGGUAGCUUUUUGUUACAUUGGUCCCAAAUAAUAUAAAAUAAGAUGUGGACCAAUUUCUUUUUGAUGAAGGAGUCUACAACCAUUUGGGUGAGAGAUUUAUUAAGACUGCACUAUUAAAAGAUGAGUUAAUUGUCAGUUUGAAAGAGAAAACCUGAUUAUAAACAAAUGUAUUCCUGCUGAAACUUAGAUAGUAGAAUAUAUUGCUUACUUCAAAGACAUGUUGAACAUUCAGCAUUGUAUAGUUCUGUUUGGUUUUAAUUCUUGGUGAUAAAAGCAGUUUGCACUCUAUACAUCGCUAUAUAUUUUAAUAUAUCAAGUAAAAUGAUUAUUCUUCACAGACAGGAACAGAUUAGAUAAACAUUUUUUUAAAAAAGAUUGUGCUAGUUAGAUUUUACAGCUGAUAUAAGAAGGCAGAGAGAGAUAUUUCCCAUUUGGAUUGAAAUCUGCCCUGUGCUCACUAGGUGUCAGUAGGGUAAUAGACUAGACUGUAAUUCUUUUGAAAGUGCCUUGAGUUUGCUGCAAAGCAAUUUAUCUUUUUCUAGAAUGAUUAGAUUGUUUUACUCUAAAAUUAGCCUAAAUUACUGGGAUUGGAAGAUUUCAUCAAAGCCUUAACUUCCUUCUGUACUUCUCUGAGAGUUGGCACAAAGGCAGCCCACCCACAUGCAACAAGUCCCUGUGGUUGGAUGUGUGUGAGCAUAUGUAGGUGCCCCUCCUUCAGCUAGCUCCUUUCGCAGGGAAAGCAUAUUAAAGUUUUCCACCUUUGCAACCCAAAAUACUUUGGAUUUUUCAUUAUCCAAGCUAACCAUUUUAGAUAUAGUAUCUGCAUUUUAAAACCUUGGUCCUUCAACUGCAGAAAUGCAUUAUCGCUCCAGUGAACCCUCUUUAGCUUGGUCACUUGAAUGGGCUUUUUAAUCAAUAUUUGUACUCCAUCUCAGCAACUAAGCUGAUAAAUAAUUUUAAAAUAGGAUGAGUUUAUGUUUCCACCAUAUGCUUGAGUCAAGAACACUUUUAAAAGUGAAAAUCACUCCAGCAAAUACAUGGUUAGAGUCACAGUAGGGAGUUAGGGCAAAUUUGAGCUCAUUGGUGGUAGCAAGUAUUGAAAGAGACAAUUAGAAGAAAAUUCAGGUACUCUAUGGAAUGCACAAUAUACACAUUAUUAAUUUGUCCGCUAUUUAAAAUGCUGCUAGAAUAUAAGUAUGCUAAUUCGCUUUAGGGGGUAUUUGUUUCUGUACCUUAGAGACAUUUUUGUCAUUUUUUUUCAUGGUUAGAACAAUAACAAGAUCUUAUAGGUGUUGCAGUCAUGAAUGUAAGAUUUGGAAUCCAUCCCAUAUCAGAAAAUAAUGUCCAUGCCGAGGAGGAGGAGAAUACUUAAAAGUUUUUCUGCCUAAGAGAGGAGUAGAACUAAUCAUCCUCUCAAAUUUUGUGCCCUCAACUGAAUACAGCAAUCUUCGAACAUCAUGCUCGUUACAAGCCAGUCAUGUUACUAUGAUGAAUCAGUUUAUUUAGUAUAGCCUGAAUGUGAAUUCGUUUUAGAGCCUUUAAUAACAGUGACAUUUGAAUCAAAGUUGCUCUGGUCUGAAAGAUGUUAGGGCUCUUUUUCAACCUCUGCACAUAAAAGCCAAACCUGUACAGUUAGAGAUGAGAAGCUUACUAGAUGAGAAACACAAAUCAUCUCCAUUUUGUUGCCUUAUGUAGUAAAUCGUCAUGCACUUUAUAAAAAUCAAUAUAAUGAUUUAAAGAGAUAUAUAUUUUAAUUGUAGUGAUGAUGAUGGUGGCGGUGGUGAUGAUGAUGAAUGAUGGAAACUUAGAGAUGAAUGCUAUCUUUUUAAUCCUAUGUACAUCUUUUGGCUUUUUUUCUAACAAAUAAAGAUCUAAUAUUUAAAUAUAAUAUUCCAGAGCUUUAAUAAUAAAGAAUGAUUGAAUUCUGUUUUGCAGUUUUAAAUGUGAUGAUGCUUGGUUACAUUAAUAAAAAAAAUGGAGAAAA